AUGUCGACCAUAGCAGAACCACCUUCAGUAGACUCUACAGCCACGGCCAGGCCAGAGACGACUUUGUCUGCCAGACCACUCCCGGCGGGGACAGCCCCUAUCAAGCCAGAAUACCUGAUACACCAGACACCCCUUGUCGACUCAUCAUCCACCUCCGCAUUGAACAAUCUCGACACCGACGAUCUGGCUGAAGGAGUUACGACCUCGGGAUCAGGCGAUGCAAGGGAUAACAAACGACGUAAACCAAACAAGAAAGAACGUAAAGGCCAGAACAAGGCUAGGCAUUUCCCAGUGAUCAGAGAGACCAACGUCAAGAUCUGCAAAGCAUGGGAGACGACCGGAUCUUGUGAGAGAGGUGAAUCAUGUAAAUUCGCUCAUAGUUGGGAUGGUUAUUUCGACAUCAAACCUAAAGAUGUAUACCUCAACUUCGAUGGUAAACUCCAAGAUCAACCUCCCUAUGCGGAAGAUAAGGAAGAUGAAGGUGGUGAAGACAUAAUAGGAAGUAGAAUCAAUCUAUCGACUACGUGUCCUGUACUGAAAGACCUGGGUUAUUGUCCUUAUGGCUGGAGGUGUAGAUUUUUAGGUGGUCACGUUAAGAAGAUACAGGAUCAGUCUGGGGAAAAUGGUGCAUCGACUUCGUCAGGACCUAUCACUCGAUUGGGUGGAUGGGAGCUACUCAAUCUGUCUACCGGCGAGAAAGAAGGGAGUAGAUGGAAACAUGGCGAGACGAAUUGGGUCGAUUGGGAUGUUAUAAAUAGUCUGAAGAGGAAUGAGUACGACUUCCCCUUCUCCCGAGCGUAUCUAUCCAAAGUCGAACCUGAGAAACCAUUCACUCUAUCCAAUUCCAAACCCAAAUAUUCAAAACAGCCCAAGAACAAACGCAAGGCCGUUUCACCUAUGGACGAAGAAUCAGCUAUGAAUGUGUCAGAGGAGGCGGCUAUGAACAAUGAAGAAGACUCUUUGAAUGAGGAUGGGGCCAAUGUGGAAAAAGAGAAAGAGGAAGAAAAGGGUCAUAUUGUUGGAGAAAGCGAAGUUAUGGAUGUUCCGCUAAGACCUGAAGAGAAGAAGAGGUUGAACUGGGAAGGAGGAAGGUAUCUGGCUCCAUUGACUACAGUUGGUAAUCUGCCAUUCCGUCGACUUUGUGUCGAUUACGGAGCGAACAUUACCAUAUCGGAAAUGGCGUUGGCGCAACCUUUAGUAUCAGGACAUAACGAUGAAUGGGCUUUAUGCAGAAGACACGAGAGUGAAAAGAUGUUUGGUGUUCAACUAGCAGGCGGUUUCGCAAAUAGGAUGGUACCUGCUGCGGAAUUGAUCAAGAAUACUUUACAUGGGGGAGUAGACUUUGUGGAUAUAAACAUGGGCUGUCCGAUCGACUUGGUCUUCAAUCAAGGUGCCGGAAGUGCUUUGAUGGACGCUCCUGGACGUUUGGCUAAGAUGAUGGUGGGAAUGAACCGAGCGCUAGGGGAUAUACCGCUCACUGUUAAAUUUCGAACCGGUGUUGCCAACGGAAAGCCGAAUGCUCACAAACUCAUACCGCGAUUCGCUACUCAGUGGGGUGCUGGUGCUUUGACUCUUCACGGUAGAUCCAGGCAACAGCGUUAUUCAAAACUAGCAGAUUGGGACUAUAUCAAAACCUGCGCCGACACAUUGAGGGAAUCACUGAAAGAUGCCAACUUAGCACCAGUACCUAUAUUCGGAAACGGAGAUUGCUUCUCUGCUCAGGGGUAUUACGAAGAGAUGGAGAAAUCAGGUGUGGACGGAGUGAUGGUCGCUCGAGGUGCUUUGAUCAAACCUUGGAUUUUCACUGAGAUCAAGGAGAGGAGGGAAUGGGAUAUAUCCGCUACGGAGCGGUUGGAGGGUAUACGAAAGUACGCUGAAUUCGGUUUAUCCCACUGGGGUUCAGACACUCAAGGUAUCAACACCACCCGACGAUUCUUAUGUGAAGCUCUAUCCUUCCAAUGUCGUUAUGUCCCCUUGGGUAUCCUGGAGAGAUUGCCAGCCAAGUUGAAUGAGAGACCACCAGCAUACAGGGGAAGGAACGAAUUGGAGACGUUGCUCAGUUCACCUUUCUCCAAUGAUUGGGUCAAGAUCUCGGAGAUGUUCUUGGGUAAAGUAGACGAUGGGUUCAAUUUCAUACCCAAACAUAAGUCGAACGCUUAUGGGAAUGAAGAGGCUCAGGGGUGA